AUGCUCCGUUCACUAUCAACGCACCGGACCCUCAGUACCCUUUUACAUUUGACCCCAGCUUUCCCUCGCAGGUUCGCGGGACUUUCAACGUAUGCUCAGCCGUUGCAGCCGGAAAUGUUUACCAGAGCAGUCCAAGAGCACCCUGAGCCGCAGAAGAAGCCCAAAUCCUUCUUACCAAACCGCACCCGGCUUAAUGCAGUCCCGACUGUAGCCUCGAACAGUCCUCAGACGCAUGGCUCGCGGAAACCCGAUUCCACACCAGAGCUCAGCAGAAGUGCAUUAAGCGAUCUCCACGAUGCUGUAUUCUUCGGCGAGAAUGAAUCCGAGAACGACGAUUUCCUUGAAAUAGAAUAUGCGGUUUCGAAGCACACCCAGACUGGAAGCGCAUCUCAUAAUUCGUCCUUCGCAGAACCCAAUCCGCGGGUGAACGAAGGGGCUACCCCCGCAACGGCUAUCCCCUCGAGCAGUAUUCCCAUACCUUGGUCGUCCUCCCCGCCGCGCGAGCCUGAAUACCCGAACCUUUCCCAACGUCAGCAGAAAAAGAGAUCACUGCCUUGGGAAGACAUAACCCAGGAUAACAGAGGAAAGCCUGGCCCCUACUCGGAUCACUUAGCGGCCAAUCAAAAGGGCAACUUCAAAAGGCCCAUGGUUAAUGCGUAUGAUGGCACCCCCAAACCACAAUAUCGCCCUGUCAGCCACGCUCAAGAUAUCAAAACAGAACAUACUCCUCCAAUUAAGAAGGAAAAGCAGCUGCCAUGGGAUAAGUCCUUUAGUGCUGUUAAGGAGGAGCAAAAAGAAUUAAGAAGACAGAUGAAAAUCAAGUCUUCAUCUUCAAUAGAGAAGAGGCUCAACAACAUUCCACGGCCACCCAAUACCAGGGUCCCGUCCAUUUUUUUCAGCGAGGAGCAGAAUCAAGUUAUCGAGACAAUUGUAAAAAUGGGCAAAAGCGUUUUCUAUACAGGUUCUGCAGGAACGGGCGGUAAAGAGGCAAAGUUCGCAUUUGCAGCGGGAACCUGGAAUACGUCAAUUCAACAUACAAUUCUCUUGACACAAGUGUUCAGGCAGAAAGAUCCUGAUUUUGCAAAUAUGCUUAAUGAAAUGCGCCUCGGUCGCUUGAGUCCCUCUGCCAUCCAAGCUUUCAAAGACCUUUCAAGGCCAUUGAAUUGCGGUGAUAAUAUAGAAGCUACAGAAUUGUUCCCCACCCGGGCAGAGGUAGACCUUGCGAACUCAGGGAGAAUGAACCGCCUUUCAGGAGCGGUCAUGACAUUCCAUGCAGUCGAUUCCGGAGCGAUAAAAGAUGAGCAGGUCCGAGCCAGAUUAUUAAGUAACUGCAUGGCGCCUCCGACAAUUCAUCUCAAGAAAGGGGCCCAGGUGAUGCUCAUUAAAAAUAAGGACGAAACCCUCGUGAACGGCUCUCUAGGGACAGUCGUUGCGUUUAUGGAUGAGGCAGGCUUCGAUAACCAUAUGAGGGAGGGACAGAAAUAUGACGGCGCCCCUAAUGACUUUGAUGAAGAGUUGGACUGGGGAAAGCAAAAGAUAAAAAGCAUGGCCUUUGACCAGAAGGCUGGGUCUGGUGGUAUCACGACUGCCAAGCAAUAUCCUCUGGUCGCCUUUAUACUACCAGAUGGCUCUGAAAGGCAGCUUCUAUUCAUGGUGCAUCCCAAAGUGACUGAAUUCUAUCAGAAUUUAUCAAGCAUCAAUGAUAUCAAUAACAGAAGGAAACCAAAGGUGCAAGAGAGAAACAAUUCAGACCUUGACGAUGAUUUCGACUCACUAGCUCAAUAUGUGUAG